AUGCGUUCGAGUCAAAAAUCGUUUUCCUCCAGCACUCAGCCCUUACAUACAUACCCUCUAUCAUCCUCAUCUCGAAAUGGCUCAAUUAGCGCAAAAUCAGGGAGUAGAUACGAACGAUUAUCAACACCUCCUGCCACUCAGUAUAAUCAGUACAAGGACCGAGCUCCGUUUCUGCGCGACUCAGGAAGAGAAGCUGGGGCAACUCCAAUUUUUGGACCAUCUUCUGACUCCCGAAGAGCGUCAGAAGAUCACAAAGUUUAUGAUAGUCCAGUGAGUUCGAGAGUAAUACGUAGUGAAGAGACCAAUGCUCUCUUAGAACGCUAUGGAGUGAGAAGAUCUUCUGCUGGUCAAAGCUCUAUCCAAAACUACCUGCAACAGCGCAGACAGAUACACUCGAAUUCAAACGAGGGACCCACCGUAAGACCUAAUUCAGAUAAUAGUGACUUCGGGACCACCAUCGGCGAUGGGUUGCACGCAAUGCGCUUUACUGAAUUCCAGGAUCCAAAGCAAACGAGUGCUGAAGAGCACAUUACACAAAAUGAGUACAUUAGUCGAUUACUUGCGGCACAUAACCGCGUCGAUGAGCUUUUAAAAUCCAGGGGUUUGAGUGCUGAGGACGAAUCAAAGUACUUACGUGCUUGGGAGAAGAUUCCAAUCGUCCGCAAACAAGGAUAUCAAAGGGUGUUAACACCAAGUAAUUCGAGCGAUUCCGGUCUUUCCACGGAUGACGAAAGCGAGCCUAGUAGUUCGGAGAGCAUUAGCGAAAAUGAAGUUAAUUGCAAGGAAGACUUUACAAGGGAUGAGAUGUCCGAAACCUGCAUAAAGAUAAUUGCUGUACCUUCAGAACUUCUUCGGUCUUCAUUAACUUGUCGAGGAUCAACCUUAAAAGUUGUAAAUGCAUCUUUUGUAAUCGGCUGCAAGCCAUCAUUCAGGCCGAUGUCGAGUUCGCGUGCCACAAAAUUGCUCCAUUUCGAAGAAAGCGAUGUUAUAUGCAUAGCAUCUUCUUACGCUAUGCAAAGCACUUCUUAUUCCUUAAAACAUAAGCAGCAGUCUGUCGCGGUCGCGAAAGUAAUGCCAAUCCGCUAUAAAGGAGAACAUAUUGAAGCAUCUUUUGAAGAAACAAAGUUAGUAAAGUUUAGUGACUCUUUCGUUGAUAUCAAACAUAGCGACAUUAGUCCAGAGGCAAAGAGGCACAAAGAUGUGAGACAGCAGAUGAAAAUGAGAUCAGGCAAGCCAAUUCCAGUCGCAGAGCAGCAGAGAACUGUGCUUUCUAAUCUAAUAUGCAGAGCAAAACCUUCUGUUCCGUCUACAGCAGAAAUAUCCAUUCAACACUGCAGCUUUUAUCAAAUUUCCUCCAACGCCGUAGAAUCUUUUCCCGAAAAGCAUGUAAGGAUCAAUUUGAGACUCACAGAACGUGCUCCAACAAAAUGUUCUACUGUAAUCGCGCUUCCCACCACAACGCGUCCAUUAUUUGCAUAUUUGACUGUGAGUUCCAAAAAAAAGAAGACCAUACGUCGCGCAAAAACCAUGCAGAACCCAGAUGCGGAAGAGCCUAUUGGCAAGUUGAAUCGUUCUAUGUCAAUUGAAAGAAGCAAGGGAAUAAAACAGCGAAAAGUAAAUCGCAUAGUUAUCCCAAACUCAUUUUUACAUUUAACAAGUUUGAAAAGUUGCGCUCAGCAAGAACACGGACAAGCUGAAGAGGUGAAAAAAGAGGAAAAAGAGUCACUGGAACAAGUA